UAACAAAAUAAACCCUUUUGCGAUGGUAAAGCUGGUGCUAAAUCUUGUGAUUCUGAGCCUGCUGCUUAGCUUGGCAUUGGCACUCAAUCGGAAGUUGAUGGAAACUCGAAAGAAAAUUUGCUUGGAACCUAGUUCAUAUGGCACUUGCAAAGCAAGGCAAUUGCGAUUCUAUUACGAUGCAUCGUCCAACUCUUGCAACGCGUUCUACUACAGUGGCUGCGGUGGCACACAAAAUCGAUUCGCAAGCCAAACACAAUGCUGGGACUACUGCAUGGACCCGGAGAUCAUUUACGAAAUUUAGUAGGAGUUCUAUAUGUUGAAAAGGGUAGAUGUAAAUCUAUUUUGCUUUUAAAUCUUAAGCUAUAAUAAAGGCAAUCCAGAUGCUAGCAAGCUUA